AUGAAGAAAAGCACGAGUAUUCAGCAAGUUGUGUCGUUUGCCGUUCUUCUCGCCAAUGCGAUCGUUGGACGAUGUUCCCUAGAAGUAUGGCCGCCCUUUGAAGGUCACCUAGAAUAUCUCCAGCCAGGCGUCGCGCUCGCAUCAAGCCGAAAUUCUCUAAGCUCUUACGUGGCCCAUAAGGCAUGGAUUCCAGGCGAUGAUAAUAAUUAUUAUUAUGGUGUAGAGGCUACACUAGAUGUUUAUGGCUUUAAUCUACAACCUGGCCAACUAACCGAGGGUGGCGUCUGGAUUGCCAGCACAGGAGAUGGCCACCCAAUUCCGGACAAUGGAAUUCAAAUUGGAUGGCACAUUUACCCAGGCAUGCACAAGGAUUCACGCACUCAUUUCUACGUAGGGUGGGGUGCUAAAGGAUCACCUGACAAGGGUUGCUUCAACAUGGUUUGCCCUGGCUUUCGGAAGACAUCAUCAAGCAUAGCUCCUGGUGAUGUCAUCGAUCCAGUUUCAAGUAUCAAUGGCACGAAACAGUACAUUACAGUAAGGGUAUUCAAGGAUAAAUCAUCUGGCGAUUGGCAUGUACAUUAUGGAUUAAAUGGUCCCCCAAAACCAGUUGGUUAUUUUCCUAAAUCCUUGCUUCCUGCAAUGAUAGAUAGGCCAGUUCUGCUUAGAUUUGGUGGCUAUGCAGCUCGCAAGAAACCAGCACCAAAUCCUCCAAUGGGCAAUGGGUAUGUUCCAUUGAGCUCCACAGCUGCGUUGGUCAGUAACCUCAAGCUUAUUGAUGCCGAUGGUAAUGACCACAUUGUCAACACCGAUCUGCCAUACUUUGUAACUAGUAAACAAUGUUAUCCUCUUUCUGUUGUUGAUUCUGGCCAGUUCUUCUAUGGUGGACCUGGUUGUGUUGAUAACUAG